CCGAAAUCGAGUUAAAGGAAGCGCAAUUCUAUGACCCGUUUUUCCGAGAGGCUCCGUUUGCGCUGGUUGUUUCCGAAACCGACCCGUUUUCUCGCUCUUGUUUCUCUCUCCACUCUCCACAAUCUCUGCAAGUCCCUCGUUGGCUUCCUACUCUCUCAAACCCUACCCUUCCUCGCUAUGGAUAACUUCUUCUCCGACUACCUCACCGAUGACCUCGAUUCCUCCCCCUACCGUCCCCACCGCCGCUUCCUCCAAGACCACGACCUUGAUUUUGCCCACGAGAGGGUCUACCUCCUCCCCUACAGGUGGCUGGUGGAAAUGGAAGGUGAAGCUGAUCGAAGAGAGGGUGUGCUUUAUACGGUGACGUGUAAUUCCGAUUCCGACUCCGAGAUUUCGCUUCAUCUGAGGAAGGAGGAGGAGCGCCACAAGAUUGGGGUUUCUGGUCGUCAGUAUGCGUUGGUUUCCGAGGGAGUUUGGUUGCGAACACUCAAACGGUAUAACGAUUCUAAUAAUGAAGUGAAAGAUUUAGGAAGCCUCUCAAAUGCAGAGGAUUGUUUGCCAGAAUUGUUCCCCUUGCAAGUUAAGAUAUUUUUUUCGCUGGAAACCAGUUCACUGGAAGCAAAAAUAAGCCAAAAGGAAAAUGUGGCUGACUUCUAUGAGAAAGCAUGUGACAUUUUCAAUUCUGCAUAUAACCCCGUGCAUAUUUGGGACUUCUCAGGGCAGACGACACAGUUUUUCUUGAAUGACAAAUCAGGAUUGCCACAUGAUUCUUCUGGUCAAUCUGUAAAAGAGGUUACUUUGGAGUUACAAGUACACGGGCUUCCCGAUUCUAUGAGGGGUAAUGGGGGCAAUGAGAUGAUUUUAGAUAGGUCUCAGAUGGAAUGUUCACACAGUGGUUCUGUUACAAUGAAUGGAAGCACUGACAAUGUAGCCCCCUGCAAAACAGCCAACUAUUUUCGAGGUAGUAGUUGUAGAGCAAUUCGAUCUUUGGGCUUGACAGGAUUACAGAAUCUUGGAAAUACAUGUUUUAUGAAUAGUGCCAUUCAGUGUUUGGCUCACACCCCAAAGCUUGUUGAUUUUUUCCUUGGAGAUUACCAUAAAGAGAUUAAUUAUGAAAAUCCAUUGGGGAUGAAUGGAGAACUAGCCCUAGCUUUUGGAGACUUGCUUAGAAAGCUGUGGGUUCCCAGAUAUAUACCCAUUGCACCAAGAACGUUCAAGAUGAAACUGGCUAAUUUUGCUCCUCAGUUUAGUGGUUAUAGCCAGCAUGACUCUCAAGAGCUUCUUGCUUUUUUGUUGGAUGGGUUGCAUGAAGACCUUAAUCGAGUGAAACGAAAGCCAUAUCAUGAAGUUAAGGAUGCAGAUGGUCGUCCAGAUGAAGAAGUGGCGGAAGAGUAUUGGCGAAAUCACCUUGCUCGCAAUGACUCCAUAGUAGUUGAUUUGUGCCAAGGCCAGUUUCGGUCAACGCUAGUUUGCCCUAUUUGCAAGAAGGUUUCUAUCACAUUUGACCCUUUUAUGUAUCUAUCUCUGCCUUUACCAUCUACAACGAUACGGACCAUGACUUUGACGGUCAUAAGCACUGACGGGAUUACAUUGCCUUCUACACUUACGGUAACAGUACCUAAAUGUGGAACACUGAAGGAUCUUAUUGGGGCUUUAAUUACUUCUUGUUCUCUGAAAGAAGAUGAAACCCUCUUGGUGGCUGAGAUAUACAAGAAUAAUAUUUUUCGAGUAUUCGAGAAUCCUUCUGAAUCAUUAGGUGAAAUUAGAGAUCAAGAUAAAGUUGUUGCUUAUCGAAUGCAGAAGGAUACUGAAACUACUCCCUUGGUUGUUUUUGUCCAUGAACGUUCGGUGGAAACUUGUGGGAAGGAAGGGUUGUUUGGUAUUCCCCUUGUAACAAGGUUGUCCAAUAUUUCUUGUGGAUAUGAUGUUCAAAGGGAGUUUCUGAAGAUAAUCAAUCCAUUUAUGAUGCGCGCUAAAGAUGUAUCGGAUGAUUGUGAAAAUAAUGAAGGUAUUAGUAAAAGACCAAGUGAAGAUGAUGAAUGGGGGGAUACUACUAACUCCUGCGCAAUAGGAAAUGAUACAGACUCAAUCAUUGGAACAGAUGAUGGCAUACAUUUGUCGACUGACUUUGAAUUCCACUUACAUGGAAUGGAGAAUAGCAAGAUAAUAUUGGACAAACCAUUAACAGUGACAACAUUUCCCAGAAAGGAGCCUCCGGUAGUUGUCGUACUAUGGUCGGAUAAGAUGCUUAAAAUGUAUAAUACAUCUCUGCUUGACUCAUUGCCCGAGGUUUUCAAGUCCCAGCUAUUCACCAAGAGAAUACAAGAAUCAGUUUCUAUUUACAAGUGUCUUGAAUCCUUCUUGAAAGAAGAACCUCUUGGGCCAGAAGACAUGUGGUACUGUCCUAACUGCAAAAAACCUCAGCAAGCAACUAAAAAACUAGAUCUUUGGAGAUUGCCUGAGAUCCUUGUUGUUCAUUUGAAGAGGUUCUCGUACAGCCGAUACUUGAAGAACAAGCUGGAAACAUUUGUUGAUUUUCCAAUUAAUAAUCUGGACUUGUCAACAUAUGUAGCAUAUGGGAAUAGUCAGUCUACCGACCGCUAUGAGUUAUACGCUAUUAGUUGUCAUUAUGGAGGGUUAGGAGGAGGUCACUAUACAGCAUUUGUCCGAUAUGGCUAUGAUAAAUGGUAUGAUUUUGAUGACAGCAGAGUCGAACCUGUUAAUGAGGACACGAUAAAGACUCCUGCUGCUUAUGUUCUUUUCUACAGGAAAGUUUAGAUUAAUAAUUUGGAGGCAAUUGUGUAAAAUUAGACACAGCUACAUGGAAUGCUCGAGGCUUUUCAGACCAAUACACGGUUGCCUGAUUUCCUCUAAAUUGCUGCAUAAGCGGCACCGGUUGGGUUUUACUGGGAGAAGUGAAGAGAAAUGCAAAGAAUUUAAUAUUGUACAGCUUUUAGAAGCUACAGGUAAAAUGAGGGUAGCACUUCAAUUUUUAAACUCUCAGGUUAGAUUAAUUACACAUGUUUGCAUGUACAUAUGCAUCCUAAAAUUGUUUAACCGAUUUUUUUAGUAGAUGUAGUUUAAACCAUGAUUAUAAAUGGAAAAUUACACAUUUUUUGCCUC